AUGGCAGCGAACAGUCAUGGGAAACCUCCCGGGCAACCUGAAGCUCCAGCCUCCUCUACUGAGAGCACCGUUUCUGUCGCAUCAAAUAUCAACCAGGGUAAAGAUGGUGAAGCUGCUCCGCAACUCGGGGAACCAGGCCAGCUACAGGAACCUACGAAGGAAGCCGCCAAUGACCUGGAGAAAGCUGAGAAUGCUGCCAAUGUGAAUGCUGGCCCGCCUGCCAUGUCUCCCCCGCCAGAUGGAGGGCUCCAGGCUUGGUUGGUGGUCCUAGGAGGAUUCUGCGUCCUUUUUGUUAGCUUUGGGUGGAUUAACUGCAUCGGGGUGUUCCAGGAGUACUAUCAGACUCACCAGUUGAGCAACAUGUCGUCCAGUACUGUGGCAUGGAUUCCGUCCAUUGAAACGUUUAUGAUGUUCUUUUGGGGACCGGUUUUCGGGAGACUGUUUGACAGCUUCGGGCCCCGGUGGCUCCUCUUAUUCGGAAGCUUCUUCCACGUUUUUGGUCUCAUGAUGACCUCGAUCUCCUCUGAAUAUUACCAAUUCAUCCUCGCGCAAUCGAUUUGCAGCGCUACGGGAGCGUCCGCUGUCUUCUUCGCCUCUACCACCUCUGUAUCCACAUGGUUUCACCACCGUCGUGCCUUGGCCCUGGGUGUGACGGUAUCCGGAUCCAGCUUGGGAGGCGUCAUCUUCCCCAUCAUGGUGGACCAUCUCGUGAGGGAGGUCGGGUUUGGCUGGGCGAUGCGGAUCUGCGCCUUUCUGAUCCUCUUCUUGCUCAUCAUUGCCAACCUGACGAUCAAGUCCCGACUGCCCCAUCGCCCGAAGAGAGUGGUGAUCAUGGAAUUCAUCCGCCCGCUGCGGGAGCCUCCAUUUCUGCUGUUCCUCUUGGGCUCGUUUCUCUUUUUCCUGGGCAUGUUUUUGCCUUUCAACUUCAUCAUCUUGGAAGCUGAACGAUGGGGCAUGUCUCCGAGUCUUGCGAAUUAUCUGAUUCCUAUUCUCAACGCGGCAAGCGUAUUCGGCCGAACUCUGCCAGGCUACCUCGCCGACCGCAUAGGCCGCUUCAACAUGAUGAUCCUGAUGACAUAUUUCUCGGGCAUCAUCGUCCUCGCCUUGUGGCUCCCAACCAAAAGCAACGCGCCCAUCAUCGUCUUCAGUGCCCUGUACGGCUUCGGCUCGGGCGCCUUCGUCUCACUCGGCCCAGCCAUCAUGGCCCAGAUCUCGCCCGUGCGGGAACUCGGUAUCCGACAGGGUACCUACUUCGCGCUCAUCUCCAUCGCCGCGCUGAUCGGGAACCCGAUCGGCGGCGCUCUCGUACCGAACGUCGUGACGGGGGAGUUCUGGAAGCUGCAGGUCUUCACCGGCGUCGUGCUGAUGGUCGGGAGCACGAUAAUAGUGUUUGCGCGCAUCUCAGCCGGUGGUCCCAACCCGCUUACAAAAGUAUAA